AUGAUGAGUUCAUUAGCAUUACUAGUAGGAAACUCAUCAGACUAAAACCUAGUGAAAACAUUUUUCUAUCCAAGAGCGAUUGAAGCCAUAUGGAGUUUGCUAGUUGAAUACAAGAUAAUCUCUCCUGUCAAAUACGGAGCCUAAAUCUCAGCUGUUCUCAUGCAAGGUUUUAUUACUUAUUGCUAUUUGAUUGAGCUUCAUUGUUUGACUCCAUAGUAUUACAAGGCAAUACAUAGAUUUAGUAGUAUCACAGAAGGUGAGAAAAAGACAGUAGCUGCUGUUUAUGCAUGCACAGUAAAUGAUUUAAAAUCCUACUAUAAGAAUCAUAAUUUUGAGUGA